AUGGAGUACAUACAGGAGCUCGUCCGGCUGGUUGAUGAAACAGCAAGCAAAGGCUCCUCUGAGGAGGUGCAACAGUCACAGCAUCACUUGGUGAGGGCUGCGUACCGCGAUUUCACGGAAGCGCUUGAAGCCAUCCAUGCCGUUGUCCUGGGACCUAAAGCAAAGUCUCUGGCGGCAACGAAAGCCUGGGCGCCACUCCUCCUGCGUUGGAGGUACUACGUGUGCAGCCUCUUCUCAUGGGGCCUGAUGACGGAGGAGACGGCUGUAGAGGCCGCGAAUGUCUUACGGACGCUGGGCGUCGUGGGCCUCAUCGACCCCCUCGCGGGCAGUGGGUGGCAUGCAUUCCUUUGGCGAGAGGUUGGUGGACUCAGAGUCCUUGCCAUGGACUCAUAUGCA